UUAAGAGCUCGGAAGUGGAUUCCUCAUAGUCAAAAGAGUAAACACAGAUCAGCCGGGCGCAGUCUCUCACAGAAAAGCACACAAAAAGUUUCUUACACCUUUAUUAAAAAAUAAGUGUUUUCAAAAGAGAAAUGUUUCAUCUUCUCCUGGUCUUAUUUAGGGAAAAUUGUAGGAUCAGAUGCCUGAGAUCACAUAAUCACACGUACGCGUACACUUCACAGCAGCUUAAAGAGGCGCACUGAGUCCUUCUCCUUAAAUGGUAAAAGCUCCCAGGAGUGAAAGAGAGGCUGUUGCUGCUGAAAAAAGCCAGGGAAGAGAAGGGACGGGAGAAGGAAGAAGAAGCCCUGAGGACUGAGAGUUUUCUGGGGAAAACUGUGACAGUGACAGCUUGAUUAUCGGAAGUGUCUGAGUUGGGGGGAUCAGCUGGAGUCGCAGCAGUGUAGCGGUGGACUCAGCUCCAGCAAGAGAAGAGACUCUUCCUGCCUGAGUUUUCUUUUAAAAAAGGCGACGGUAACUUGAGGGCUUCGUCCAGUCCUUUGACCUUCCCGUUCACGCACUCUCGCCCCUUUCUGCCCCCCGUCAUGCCCACCCUGCCUGAAGAAGAAGAGGACUCUCCUGAAGAACUGGACAGUUCAUCUAGCUCGCCUAGAACAUCUACAGCAGGUGAAAGUCAAGCCGUUAUUAUGACCGCCCCCACCAUCGUCUACCCACAGAAGGCCAUCAUUGUCCAACAAGAUGGACGACCCUUCGAGCAUGCUAGGCCGCACAGUCCCAGAGCUCGCCAGGCCAGAAACUCCUCUGGAGGACCCAUCACCACAGUUGACAGCACCGGUAAUGUGAUUGACCUGGUAAAAGACCAACUUCCAGAGCUUCAACUUUCUGAAGAGGAUCGGCAGAAAAACCUGGAGCUUCUCGAACAGGCCAAGAUGGUCAGCGACCGUUUCCUGACCCGCCGGGGACGCCGAUCCACCAGCAGCCUCACCGACUCGCCCACAGCUCUCUCUCCGUCUCCAACGCCGUCUUCCUCCCCACGUUCGUCAAGAAGCAGCUCUUUCAUUGGUCUGCCUCAGUCUGCUGCAGGUGCCUCUGAGGCCACACAUGGCUGUCCACAGUCAGUGAGUCAGCAUUUAGAGGUGCCAACAGGGAGAGAGCAGCUGGAUUUCAAGAACAAGGAUCAGGAGGAUGAGCCUUCGGUGGAUUAUAAGCCGGUUGAGAAGAGAAAAGUGUCGUCUGGGACGCUAACACCUCGCUUUGCCGUUCAGAAGGACAGCCGUGACCUCCCCGGGCCUCGGAGUCCGCAGGCCGGCAGUAAAGCAGAUGAGGUUUCAGGUCGAAACCCAAACCUGACCCCAGCCACGGGGGUGGCCAAGCCCGUACCCAGACCCCCUACUCAGCAGGCCCCCUGCACAGCGGAAAUCAAAACAAUCGGUGCCUUCCCUCCGCUGAUGAGGGCGGUCUCCUGGGAUUCCGUCGGCAGCAUUAACUCAAGAACUGGAGCCUCUGGUUUCCCACCAGCAGUUGACGAGGUUUUCUCAGAUAAACCCCGAGACGGUGUGUUCAAGUCCUCAUUGUACAAGGACCUGCAAGCCCAACCAGGCAGCAUACAGAAAUUGUCCAAAUUUAGAGAGGAGCACAAGCUGAUGCGUAACCAGAGUAUAGUUAGCUCCAAGUUACCAGAGCUGAGUGAAGCGGCUGAGCAGGAAAAAGGACCUCCAUCGUCUGCAAAGACCACAAGCAGCGAGGAGAUGAAGGAAAAAUCUGACGCCAUGCCAAACAUUUCAGAUGUAAUGCUGAGAAAACUGAAACUUCACCGAGGUCUGCCAGGCUGUGCCCCUCCGCUCUCUGAGAAAGAAGUUGAGAACGCCUUCGUCCAGCUGUCGCUCGCAUUUCGUAAUGACAACUAUACUCUGGAGACGCGACUGAAACAAGCAGAGAGGGAGAGGAACCUGACAGAGGAAGACACCGAGAAAGAGCUAGAGGAGUUCAAAGGAGCGCUGAAGAUGACUGCGCCACAGUGGCAGAACAUGGAGCAACGGGAAGCUUACCAACGCCUUAUAGAGACACUGGCAGUGCUGUACCGACUGACCACACGACUCUCCAGCAGGGCAGAAAUAGUUGGAGCGGUUCGGCAGGAGAAACGUAUGAACAAAGCCACUGAGGUUAUGAUGCAAUAUGUGGAAAAUCUGAAGAGGACAUAUGAGAAGGACCAUGCAGAGCUGAUGGAGUUUAAGAAGCUGGCCAACCAGAACUCAAACCGCUGUUAUGGAGCAUCCGUAGACACUGGAGAUGAUGGGGUUGCACGGCCAUCAAGAUCAAUGUCCCUCACGCUUGGGAAGGCUUUACCCAGGCGGAGGGUGAGCGUGGCAGUGGUGCCUAAGUUUAACCUCCUCAACAUCCCGGGUCAGAGCCCAGGCGCGUCGGGCCCGGGCCCAAACGUGGGGCUCGCGGCAGGUGCUGCUCUUCCUGUCCUGUGUGAAGCUAAUGACGUGAAAAGCAGCUCUCCCACCGAAGCAGUUCAACCAACACCAGAGUGUGGAAAGAGUGGGAUGGAGCCGGAAAGCGAGCCACCCAAACCUCCAGUAAACUUGGAGGAGCUCAGAGCCGAGAUCAAGGCAAAGAUCGAGGAGGAAGCGUACAAUAAAGGCUUCCAAGAGGGACUGAAACACACCAAAGCUCUCCUGGAAGAGAAACAUGCAGAGGAAAUGGAAGCAGAAAAACUGCUGGAGCUGAAACACAAGGAUGAAGAAAGCGGAAAGAGGUAUAAAAGCAGCAGGAGGAUGGAGGAGAUGCUGGUUGUCCUCAGUCGGUUUUGUCCCUCGAUUUCUGUCAGCAGGCGCCUUCUCUGGAUCGUCCUUGUGCUGUUUGUGGUGAUGUGCGUGCUCGUCAGUAUUUUCACUUUCUUCAGUGACUAUUACAACCGACGUGAGGACACAUAAGAAACGCUUUUGGAGACACAACAGAGAUGGCUGGACUGAGCAGAACCAAAGAAGUCUGUACCAGAGGAGUUGGAAGACAUGUUUUUACCUUUCUAGCAGAUCAUUGCAGACGGACACACUUGAAUGGACAGACUGAUCGAAGCAACUGGUCCAGAACCUGGUUUGAAGGAUUUAUAGAGGAUGUCUUUUUUUUCCUACGCUAAUUUGUAAUUUUAUUUAGAAUGGAAAGUUUGCUGUCUGUUUAUUGUUGGUAAGAUUAGGGACCAAAUAUACAGUGUGAUUAAUCUUAUUUAAUUCAUAGGUGCACAUGUAAUUAUACAUUCUAGCUUUGGUACUUUGAAAUAUGGCACCUUCCUUAAAAUGCCACAGUGAAAAAAUGUGCAUCUAUCAGAAAUUUCAACACAACAGAUUUUUUAUUUAUAUUUAAAAAAUGUUUUUUUGCAGUUGGUUAAUUUUGUGAAGGGCAUUUAAGGUUUAGAAAUAAGCACAUAGAAACAAGGCUUUUAGUGCAAUAUUUGGAGACUGAGUGAUUUGAGAUGUGGGUCACUGACAGAUUUUCUUUGUUUAUGAGAGCACUUUCUGGACUACCAUCCCGAGUGCCUGGGUUGAGAACUGUUUUGCUAAUUUACCUUUUAAAUAAAAGGUGUCUAAGAAUGAA